AUUGGUUCCCUUGUUACACUCUAAAUUGUUCUUAUUCUCCCUGUUUAUUAUGCUACAUUUUCAUUCAGUAAAUUUGGUUAAAGACUUACCUACAAAUUAAACUACUCCGUAUUUAUAAGCUCGCGGUUAGCUGAUCAGUGGCGAGAAAACUAAUCCAUGCAAAAGCUGUGCUAAUUCAAUCCGUGAGAGAUGGCUACGCUAAUCCAUAGCUUACCUUUGGUCUCCCCGUUAGCCUCAAUAUCAAACCCAAAAUCGGCAAAAUCCCAGAAUUUUCAACCUCUUAGGGUGGCCAAAACCGUUGUAACACCCACCAUAGCUCCUUCCCUUAAAGCAGCUUGCGGGAAAGGAAACUUGAGAGAAGCGUUUGCAUUGCUCGGGGAUAUACUUUCCCAGGGAAACCCAUCUCAAACAUGCUUAGACGAAGCUUACGCAUUGCUGAUUGAAGCUUGUGCUGCACAGAGGGCAUUGUCAUGUGGCCAACAGAUUCAUGCCCGUGUUGUGAAGUUAAACUGGGUGAACGAUGUAGUAUUCUUGAACACUAAGCUCGUGUUUAUGUAUGGGAAGUGUGGGUCGUCACUGGACGCAGGGAAGGUGUUUGAUGGAAUGCCUGAGAAAACUAUUUUCACCUGGAAUGCUAUGAUUGGAGCUAAUGUGAACGAUGAGGAACCUUUGAGAGCAAUCAAGUUGUACGAGGAAAUGAGGGGUUUAGGAGUUCCCCUUGAUGCACAUAGUUUUCCAUCAGUAUUAAAGGCAUGCAGUGAAGUCGGGGAUUUAACUCGUGGGAGUGAGAUUCAUGGAUUGGCUAUAAAAUUGGGCUUUCUGUCUAAUAUUUUCAUUGCAAACUCUCUUGUGGAUAUGUACGCCAAGUGCAAUGAUCUCAAUUCAGCAAGGCUCUUUUUUGACAGAAUGAGUGAAAGAGAAGAUGCUGUUUCCUGGAAUUCUAUAAUUUCAGCUUAUUCCACAAAUGGGAUGAUGGAGGAAGCUUUGAGUCUUUUCAUAGAAAUGCUCAAUACCGGUUUGAAACCCACUACUUAUACUCUCGUGGCUGCUUUUCAGGCCUGUCAGGAGCCAUCCUUUGGAAACUUUGGUACUGAGGUUCAUGCUCUUGUUAUAAAAUAUGGCCAUUGUCUUGACACAUACGUUGCAAAUGCUCUGGUAGUUAUGUAUACAAGGAACAAUAAAAUGUAUGAAGCUGAAAAACUUUUUACUGCUGUUAACGAGAAAGACAACAUUUGUUGGAAUUCCAUGAUAUCUGGUUAUGUUCAAAAUGGUCUUUUCAGUGAAGGUAUUAAUUUGUUUCGCAAGAUGAGGAGUGCAGGGAGGAAACCUGACAGUGUUUCACUUAUGAGUGUUCUCUCUGCAUCUGGAAGAUUGGGAAAUUUGUUACAUGGAAAGGAAAUUCAUGCAUAUACAAUGAAGCAUGGUUUAGAUGGUGAGUUGCAAAUUGGAAACACCCUUGUAGAUAUGUAUGCAAAGUGUGGCAAGAUGGAUUACAUGGACUGUGUCUUCCACAGAAUACUCGAUAAAGAUUGUAUCUCUUGGACAACUGCCAUUGCUGCAUACUCUCAGAACAACUAUCACCAAAAGGCCUUGCAAUUGUUCCGGCAGGUUCAGUUGGAAGGAAUUAAUGUUGAUGCAUUGAUGAUUGGAAGCACCCUCCUUGCUUGUGGAGAGCUAAGGUGCAAUCUAUCAGCAAAACAAGUUCAUGGUUACGCGAUUAGAAGAGGGUUAUAUGAUAGUAUCACACAGAAAACUCUUAUCAGUGUUUAUGGGGAUUGUGGGAACUUGGAUUAUGCAAGGUCCAUUUUUGCGUCGAUUGAUGUUAAAGAUGUUGUGUCCUUGACGAGCAUGAUGUAUAGCUUUGUACACAAUGGUCUUGCGAAUGAGGCUUUCGACGUUGCACUUUAUAUGAAAGAAGUUGGCAUUGAACCAGACUACGUCGCAGUCCUGAGUAUGCUCUCUGCUGCUGCUAAUCUAUCUGCUUUAAGGAAAGGAAGGGAGAUUCAUGGAUACUCAAUUAGGAAAGGCUACAAUUUACAGGGCUCAAUCGCAAGCUCUCUUUUGGACAUGUAUGCCUGCUGUGGAACACUUGAGAACUCAUUCAAGAUCUUUUCUAGUGUAAACGAUGGAGAUCCUGUUCUAUGGACAAGCAUGAUCAACGCGUUUGGAAUGCAUGGAUGCGGUGAAGAAGCUGUCAAUUUAUUCCUCAGGAUGGAAGAGGAAAAUAUCGUUCCUGAUCAUAUCACCUUCUUGGUUCUUCUCCAUGCAUGCAGCCAUUCAGCCCUAGUAAAUGAUGGCAAAAGAUUUUUCGAGAUAAUGAAGAGCAAGUAUAAUUUGGAGCCUUGGCCAGAACACUACGCCUGUUUGGUCGAUUUGCUUGGCCGUGCAAAUCACUUGGAGGAAGCUUUUCGAGUCCUGAGAACAAUGAAAUCAGAACCCACAGCAGCUGUUUGGUGCGCUUUUCUCGGGGCAUGUCAUGUACAUUGUAACAAAGAAUUAGGAGAAAUUGCUGCAAAGAAACUUCUUGAAUUGGAGCCAGAGAAUCCUGGGAAUUAUGUGCUUGUAUCCAAUGUAUAUGCUGCUAGUGAUAGGUGGGAGGAUGCAGAAGAAGUGAGGUUAAUAAUGAAAGGGCAAGGGAUGAAGAAAGAGCCUGCAUGUAGUUGGACUGAGACAGGUAACAAGGUUCACACAUUUGUAGCCCAUGACAAGUCUCAUCCAAGGUGUGAUGAGAUUUACCAAAAACUAGCUUAUAUCACCAAGAAACUGGAGAUGGAGGGAGGCUAUGUGCCUCAAACCAAAUAUGUCCUGCAAAAUGUAGAAGAAGAUGAAAAGGUUAAGCUGCUUAAUGGACACAGUGAGAGGCUGGCCAUGUCAUAUGUUCUACUUGUUACAAAUGACACAACCCCAAUUCGCAUCAUGAAAAACCUUCGCGUCUGCACCGAUUGCCAUACCUUCAUCAAGCUAGCUUCAAAACUCCUCAAACGAGAAAUUAUCGUGAGAGAUGCCAAAAGAUUUCACCAUUUCAGGAAUGGGGUCUGUUCCUGUGGAGAUUUUUGGUGAAGAUCAAUUUUAGCAGUCUCCUAAUAAUCUCAACAGUCUUGAGUGGUACAAAUUUGAAGCUAGCCCAGUUCUUGUGCAAGCAUGAACAUCAAGUUUGUAAGAAGCUACAUUUGUUUAUUUAU